AUGGGGGGGAGGACGCUGACGUCGGUUGCUCUCUUCUGCCUCGUUCUGGCGAUGUUGCCUUCUCACACAGUGUCUGUAGCUGUCAUGUCCGUUGACCUGGGCAGUGAGUGGAUGAAAAUGGCAAUAGUGAAACCCGGCGUGCCGAUGGAGAUCGUCCUCAACAAAGAGUCGAGGAGGAAAACGCCCAUAGCUGUAUGUCUCAAGGAAAAUGAAAGACUUUUUGAAGACGGCGCACUAGGAAUGUCUGUGAAGAACCCCAAAACGGUUUAUAGACACCUCCAAAGCCUCCUGGGCAAAAAGUACGAUAACCCCCUGGUGGCGCUCUACCAGAAACGUUUCCCCGAGCACCAGCUGCUGGACGACCCCGUGAGAGACACCGUCUACUUCAAAAACUCAGAAGAAAUGCAGUACGCACCCGAGGAGCUCCUCGGCAUGAUGCUCAAUUAUUCUCGUGCGCUGGCUCAGGACUUCGCAGAACAACCGAUCAAAGACGCCGUGAUCACCGUCCCGGCCUUUUUCAACCAGGCGGAGCGCAGGGCGGUGCUGCAGGCUGCACAGAUGGCAGGUCUAAAGGUUCUUCAACUCAUCAACGACAACACGGCUGUGGCCUUGAACUACGGGGUCUUCAGGAGGAAAGAUAUUGACAACACGGUUAAGAACAUGAUGUUUUAUGAUAUGGGCUCGGGCAGUACGACCGCAACCAUCGUCACUUAUCAGACAGUCAAAACCAAGGAGGCUGGCACCCAGCCCCAGCUGCAGAUCCGAGGUGUCGGGUUUGACCGCGGGUUGGGGGGCUUCGAGAUGGACCUGCGACUCCGGGACCACCUGGCUAAACUGUUCAACGAGCAGAAGAAGAGCAAGAAAGACGUGAGGGAGAACCACCGGGCCAUGUCUAAGCUCCUCAAAGAGGCUCAGAGGCUCAAGACGGUGCUCAGCGCAAAUGUGGACUUCAUGGCCCAGGUGGAAGGUUUGAUGGAUGACAUUGACUUCAAAUCUAAGGUGACCAGGGCUGAGUUUGAAGAGCUGUGUGCUGAUCUCUUUGAAAGAGUGCCUGGCCCGGUGCAGGACGCCCUCGCCUCCGCAGAAAUGAAGCUGGAUGAAAUUGAGCAAGUGAUUUUAGUAGGCGGCGCCACCCGCGUGCCCAAGGUUCAGGAAGUGCUGCUCAAAGCUGUGGGGAAAGAGGAGCUGGGGAAGAACAUCAACGCAGACGAGGCAGCAGCCAUGGGCGCCGUGUACCAGGCUGCUGCCCUCAGCAAGGCCUUCAAGGUCAAACCUUUCCUGGUCCGAGACGCAGCGGUCUUCCCCAUCCAGGUGGAGUUCACCCGCGAGACGGAGGAAGAGGGGAUCAAAACUCUUAAACACAACAAGCGUAUCCUCUUCCAGAGGAUGGCGCCCUAUCCUCAGCGCAAGGUCAUCACAUUCAACCGCUACAACAGUGACUUUGCUUUCUACAUCAACUACGGCGACCUCAGCUUCCUCAGUCAGGAUGACCUCAGUGUGUUCGGCUCUCAGAACCUGACCACAGUCAAACUGUCCGGAGUAGGCGAAAGCUUUGAGAAGCACGCGGACGCGGAGUCAAAAGGCAUCAAAGCUCAUUUCAACAUGGAUGAAAGUGGCGUUCUGCUGCUGGAUCGGGUGGAGUCCGUGUUCGAAACCAUUGUGGAGGAGAAAGAAGAGGAAUCAACAUUAACGAAACUAGGUAACACCAUUUCCACCUUGUUUGGAGGCGGAUCAUCAGAACCCGCCCCAAAUGUAACUGAACCGGUCCAGGACGAGGAGGAAGUGCCUCCAGAAUCCGGAAAGGACGGCAAGGACGAGGACGGUAAGGACGAGGCUCCGAAGGAGGAGGCUGCCAAGGAGAAGCCGGACGAUUCAGACAAACCUGAAGGCGAAGAGAAAAGUGAGGAGAAGACAGAGGAGGCAGGCAGCAAGACUGAUGCCAAGGAGGAAAAGGAUGGAGAGAAAUCUGGAAACGCCGAGGCAGAGAAGGAUGAAGAGAAGAAGGAGGUAAAACCUCAGAAAAAGAGCAAGAUCGCUGAAGACAUCACGGUGGAACUCGUCACCAACGACAUCAUCGACCCCACCGCCGACGAUGUCGCUUCCUCUAAGAAGAAGUUGCAGGAUUUGACAGACCGAGACCUGGCCAAACAUGAAAGGGAAAAGUCACUGAACAGUCUGGAAGCUUUUAUCUUUGAGACGCAGGACAAGCUGUAUCAGGACGAUUACCAGCUGGUGGUGUCAGAGGAGGAGAAGGAGCAGAUCGCCGCCAAGCUGAGAGAGGCGUCGGAGUGGAUGGACGAGGAAGGCUACACGGCCACCACCAAGCAGCUGAGAGAGAAGCUGUCUCAGCUGAAGAGCCUGUGCAAGGACAUGUUCUUCAGGGUGGAGGAGCGACGCAAGUGGCCGGACCGCCUCGUCGCCCUGAACAGCAUCCUCAACACCUCCAGCUUCUUCUUGAGGAGCGCUAAACUGAUUCCAGAGGACGACCAAAUCUUCACUGAAGUUGAGCUGAAUACGUUGGAAAAAGUGAUCAAUGAAACAACGACGUGGAGGAACGAGACGCUAGCGGAGCAGGCGAAACGCUCUCCAAAGGAGCGGCCGGUCCUGUUGUCGAAAGACAUCGAGUCCAAGCUGUCUCUGCUGGAUCGAGAGGUGAACUACUUGCUCAACAAGGCCAAGUUCGCCAAGCCGAAAGCUAAAGCCAAACCAAAGAACAGCACCAGUUCUGAUAAAAGCAGCGGCAAGGCCAACGGCACAGCCGAGGAGAAAGUCAUCCCUCCCACACAGGACAGCACGGACACAAAGACUGAAAACCCAGAGGAGCCGGUGCCGGGCGAAGCCCCGCCCACUGAAGAGAGCACUGUACAAACAGACUCAGACAGCCAAUCACAGCCCACAGAAGAAACAACAACUACAGGACCAACGGAGAAGGCCAAACCUAAAAACCACAUAGAGGAUGAAUUAUAACAGCUGGAACUGGGGGAAAAAAGAUCACUAUAUUUAUUGACAGUGUAUAAAUGUUUGAGUUCCUUCUCUCUCUGUUUUUGUUUUUUCUGUCAUUUUGUCUUUAUGUUCUUUGUUUAUUGAACUGCUGGAAGCUGAUUGGAGACUUGGAGACCACUCAUCUUGUCCCUCCUCCUCCUCUUCAGUGCUGUUCAUGUCUUCUGUCUUUCAUGGAUUCUGUAAGAAAACAGGCACUUAAAACACCACGAACAAGCACUUCAACAAAAAUAAAGCCCCAAGAGACUUCGUCUGUACGUUAUAGAUGCAGGUCCAGACAAAAUACCUUCUCACCUCCAACAAACGAUCACAUCCACGCAGAUAAAGAGGGAGAUGUAAGCAGCGCUCGACCCUGUUGUAACUGUAUGGACAUUUGACAAGGCUGAGUGCUGUUAUACAACAUAACAUUUCCUAUCCUGCUUUGUCCUCCGCACUGUAUCCUCCACCAUGCUGUGUUGUUAUGAGGUCAGUGUUUGCCCUAACACCUGCACCUUUACUGACCCGUCAUGGCCAUGAUCACAGCAGAGGGUGAGGGGUCCUUUUGGAGGAUUCUCAAUGGAUAGAAUUUGUUUUUUGCUCCAAUCCAGAAUUGAUUUGGACUAUAUUGUAAGUAUAAAGCAUCUUUAAUCUAGUGAAUCGUAACAUUUAAUGAUGGUACAGUAGGGAAGCUCGUACUGUAAUCACUGACUGGGCUUUUAGAAGUAGCAGUGAUCGAUCAUUCGGGUGCUCCUGUAUGUGCACACUGAACUAGUUCUAAAACUGAGUUGCCAAAACAGUCACAUUUAAAAAGUGUCUCCACGUUUCUGCGUCCCAUCAUUUUUCCGAUCCGGCUGGAUAAACUAAAACGACUGAUGAAUUAGUUUUUCUACUGAUGCCAAUACAACCUUUGAGAAGAGCUUGAAUGUGUUUCAGUGACGGCGGUCAAACUCCAUGUUUUCAAAGUCUCAUAAGCUGCUAAACGUUGUUGAAGAGGUGGUGUAUUAGUGUCGUCACUGUUCUUUACCUCGACAUGCCCUGUGAUGCAGAUUCUUCAUCAGAUGUUGGCUCCGUUUUUCCGUUAGAGUAGGCGAGGGGUUAGGGGACUUGGUUCAGGACUUUGGGUCAGAUGUGGGCUUCUGUGUUUGCAGCACUCUGGAUUAUUUGAAGGGGGGGGAACUGAAGAAAACAAAAAGUCAGGAAUGGGAGAUGCAAACAAUGUUGUGUUUCUAAACUGUUAAUAAAAAUCUUUUUUUGUUUUUAA